AUGCAUAAUCGGGCUUUGAAUCGCGGAAUCGAGGAAUCGGGCCGAUUCUGCGAUUCCGGAUCCAGCCCAAACUGGGGCAAAGCCCAGGUCUCAUUCGGGCCAUUCAGCCGAAGCUUCGACGACCUUCAAGCUGUUCCAACUUUCGCUUCCGAAGUUCCGACUUCCGAGUUUCAGUCCGAGACUCCGAGCUUCACUCAGUCCGCUUUUCAUCCGAGGUUCCAAGUUUCUCUCCGGUGGUCCUCUGUGAAGAUUCAGCCCAAGCUCCGACUACCUUCAAGCUGUUCCGACUUUCGCGAUCAUCUGUUCCGAGUUCCGACUACCGAGUUUCAGUCCAAGACUCCGAGCUUCACUCAAUCCGCUUUUCAUCCGAGGAUUCCGAGGUUGAAGCAUCACUUGGGAUGUACCAAAAUUAAUGUGGCACAUUGUCCUGCUGUUCCUGAUGAUGUUAAGAACAAUAUGCUCGCUAUUUGUAUGCGUUUAGAAGAUUUUUCAGUGAAGAAAAAACAAGCUAGUAGUUGUGGUUUGGAAAAUGAUGAUGUUGUAGAUGUUGAUAAUGAUGAUGAAGAUGCAGGGGUUGGUACAAAGAGAAAGGGAAAUGAAGCAGUUGAAAUUUCAAGUUUCUUUAAGAAAAGAAGUUUGAACAUUCAAAGCAAGCAAAAACAACCAACAAUUAAUCAGAUGAUGAAAAAAGAUUUGAGAGAGGAUGUUUGUAUGCAGAUUGCUCGUUUUUUCUAUACAAGUGCAAUUUCAUUUAAUUGUGUCAAGAAUCCUGAGUUUGAGAAGAUGUGUCAUAUGAUUGGGAAGUAUGGUAUGGGAUUGAAACCGCCGUCUUAUCAUGAAAUUAGUGAUAAAUAUUUGAGAAAAGAGGUUGAUAAUACUAUGUCAUUGCUUGAGGAACAUAAAGCUAUGUGGAGAAAGUCGGGGUGUUCUAUAAUGUCAGAUGGUUGGACUGAUAAGAAGAAGAGGUCCAUAUGCAAUUUCCUAGUGAAUAGCCCUAAGGGAACAAUUUUUUUGACUUCCAGUGACACAUCGAACGUCUCCAAGACUGCAGUGAAAGUAUUUGAGAUGAUAGAUGAUAUAGUGGAGCAAGUUGGGAAAGAGAACAUAGUUCAAAUUGUCACGGAUAAUGCUGUCAAUUACAAGGCGGCAGGUGAUAUGUUAAUGGAGAAACGGAAGAAGUUAUUUUGGACUCCUUGUGCAACUCAUUGCAUAUAUCUUAUGUUAGAGGAUUUGGAGAAGAAGAUUAAGGUACAUGAGCUGACAAUAAUGAAGGGUGGGAAGAUUACGAUCUUCAUUUACUCGAGAACACUCCUUAUCACGAUGCUGAAGCAUUUCACUAAGGGCAAAGAUUUGAUUAGACCGGCUGUGACUCGCUUUGCCACUGCUUAUCUGACUUUGGGAUGCCUCUUCGACAAUAGAAAUGCUCUAAGGACCAUGGUUGCAUCCAAGCAAUGGAAAGGGAGUCGAUUUACGAAGUUAGAAGGUGGAAAGUAUGCGGAACGUGUUAUUAUGGAUAACAGAUUUUGGAGUAAUGUUAAUACAUGUUUGAAGGCUGCAUAUCCUCUCAUUAAGGUCCUCCGCAUGGUGGAUUUGGAUGAAAAGCCCACGAUGGGCUUUAUUUAUAGUGAGAUGGAGAAAGCUAAACAAAAGAUCAAAACAAACUUCAAGGAUGAUCGGAAGAGCUAUGAUCCUAUUUGGAAGGUUAUUAAUGAGAGAUGGGAGGUUCAACUUCAUAGGCCUCUACAUGAUGCUGCUUAUUACCUAAAUCCCCAAUUACAUUUCUCUUCUGAAUUUAGAGCUGAUAGAGAAGUUAUGCGUGGAUUAUAUAAGGUUAUGGAUCGGAUGCUAGAGGAUGAAGAGAGGGAUAAAGUUGAUUUGCAGCUAGAGGAAUUCAAACAUGAAAGAGGGCUCUUUGGAUUCUCAUCUGCAAAGUCUAUGAGAUUCAAGAAAACACAGGCAGAUUGGUGGGAAUCAUAUGGUGCCGAUACCCCAGAGUUGCAAAGAUUUAGUAUAAGGAUAUUGAGUUUGACUUGUAGCUCUUUGGGAUGUGAGCAUAAUUGGAGUGCUUUUGAAAUGGUACACACAAAGAGAAGAAAUCGGUUGCAUCAAAAGAAGAUGAAUGAUUUAGUAUUUGUGAUGUACAAUUUGAAGUUGAAAGAUAAGAAGAUUAGGAAGCAAGUUGAUCUUCAAGUGGACGACAUUUCUUCCGAUGAUGAAUGGAUUGUCGAAGAGGAGACAGAGAAUACCGUAACUUUAAGCCAUAAUUUUAACUUGCGUUCUCUUGGUCGUGAGGAUGAUGGUGAUGAAGAAAGUGGAGGUAUUCAAAUUGGCGAUGAACAUGCAGAGAAUAUGUGCACACAAAAGCAUGGCACGGUUGAUGACUUGGAACUUCCUAAAGAAGAUGAGUUUGAUAUUUUGUAUGAUGGUGAUGUUGGUGAUGAUGAAGAUUUGAAUGAGAUUUGA